GCGGAGGCGGGGCGGGAAGGGCCGGGAAAUGCUGCGGCUGCUGGGGAAGCUCCCGCCGGGACGGGCCCUGGAGUUCCUUCAUAAAAUAGUAGAUGGCAUAUGUGGCCGUGCGUAUCCUCGAUACCAGGAUUAUGGCGGUAUUUGGAGCUUGUCGGAGUGGAUGGAGAUUUUAGAAGCAACAAUGACGUAUUUCAAAACUGCAGUUGGCAAAAACAUAUCUGAUGAAGAGGCUGCUCAGCAGAUAAAUGAGUUAAAUUCAAACUAUCAAGAAGCAAUCACAAAAUGUCUAAAAGGCAGAAAGGAAGAAAUCAGGAAUGCGCUGGUGGAAAGAGUAAAUGCAAUCUCUUCUGCCCAGCUGCAAGAUUUUGACUGGCAGUUAAAGCUUGCUCUCUCCAGUGACAAGAUCUCCAUGCUGCAAAUGCCACUUGUCAAUCUUGAUUUGGACGUGAGAGAAAAUGGUGAAAUUAAACCGAUUUCUAUAGAGAUGAAUAAGGAAGAGUUGCAGAACCUAUUAAAUGCACUGGAAGCUGCUAAUAAGGUUGUCUUGCAACUGAAAUGAUGGAAUUCAGAUCACCGACAGUAUCUGCGGGCAAUGGCUCCCCAAUUGACUUGUGGGGACAGGGGGAGAAAUGUUCUCUGCAAAGCCAAAAGUUGUUGAUGCUGUAAAAUACUGAAGUGAGGAGGCCGUUACAACCUGUGACCAAAUAAACUACUAAUCCUUUGAUGAAAAUAAUAAAAUCUUGUAUCUGACCGAAAAUAUAACAAUCCAAUGUACAGUUGCUUCUACUACUAAACAUAUAUAGAACUAUGGAAAAGUAUCUCUUAUGUGUGCCAUGUUUGUUUUGAUUAAACUUUGGCAGUGACUGCACAGGUGCCUGCUAAAACUAAGGUGUCUUAAUUGCAUAAUAUGUUAUCCUUAUCUAAGGUGCCAUGAUAAUGAAGAACAUGACAGAGUACUUGUAGCAUUAAUGUAUUUAUAUUUGUAAAUAGUAAAUAAACACUUGACUUUGUGUGUGAAUAAUUGCAGUAAGUUGUUUCUUGAUUUAUUAAUCAGUAAACUCAGAAUCUUUUUAGAUGUCAGGAAAAAUCAGCUUUACAGGCAAAAGCAGUAUAGAAUCACAAAAUGUUUGAGGUUGGAAGGGGCUGCUGGAGGUCAUGUUGUCCAGCCCCACUGCUCAGGGAGGGCCACCUAGAGCAGGCUGCACAGGACCCUGUCAAGAUGGGUUUUGAGUGUCUCCCAAGGAUGUUGGCAACCUGUUCCAGUACUCGGAAGUUGAGGAAGAGGCACUGGGGCUUUACUCAGAGUAAAGUUUAGGGUUUUAGCUUGGGUUUUGUAUCUUAGUUGAUGGCUUUUCACUUAAAUAUAUCAAUGUUUUUGA